CGCCAUAUAAACCCAUUAGCUUAGCAAAACCUAUGCACAAAGCAAACUCUCCUCUCUCUCCUUCUCAUCUCCCUAGGUUCAUUUCCAUCAACCCUCCCUCUCUCUCACUCACUCACUCACCCACCGUCUCCCCUUUGUUGCAAUGGAGAAUGUUCCUUCUGAUGAACUUUUGGGCAUUGUGGUUCCCAUCGGGGUCUAUUGGACUUAUUCAGGUAUCUAUAUGAUGCUUGGCUCCCUCGAAAAGUACCGGCUGCAUUCCAGGAAAGAUGAAGACAUCAAGAAUCUGGUAUCUAAGCGUGAGGUAGUCAAUGGGGUUCUUGCUCAGCAACUGGUUCAAGCUACUGUUGCAUUCCUUCUUUUCAAGGUUAGUAAAAAUAGUAGUGAAAUUGCUUCCACUGUUCAAACUCCAUUCAUUGUGCUAGCGAGGCAGUUCUUCAUCGGCAUGUUCGUCAUCGACACAUGGCAAUACUUUUGGCACAGGUACAUGCACAGCAACAAGUUUUUGUACCGUCACAUCCAUUCAUGGCAC